GUGACUCUAGGUGUUCUCCUCCUCUCUCAAGCACUCCUAAUUGGCCACAUGCUGAGUAAUGUGACCAAUGAGUUUCAGGGCCGGCUCUCUUCAUUGUAUGUGUGUGUUUGUUGGAGUUCAUCAGUGCGUUUGACUCUUUGGUGUCUCCUACAGAAGGAUCUGGAUUGGUUUUACACUCUGGCUGAGGAUCCACGGUUCCUCAAGUUCUAGAUCCUGCUUGAACACCUCAAAAGGUUUGACGUUCUGUCGAAAAACACUGAGGAAUCCCUAUUAAACCCCAAAGAGAGAAAAUUGGUGCCAACCGCUUGCCAACUUUCCAUCACCAUGACAAGCACCACCAGCGACCAAAAGGCUGUGUCCGGCCCCCUGAUGGCCAAACCUUACCGUCAGCGGCUGGUCAGUAAGGACGGAAGGAGCCUGAUGCAAGGCAAUGCCCCAGGCUCCAGAGAGACGUGGUUCGGGGCCCUGCGGGACAUGUGGGGGACGUGGCUGGCGCUGCGCUGGCGAUGGGUGGUGCUGGCAUUCUGCGGCUCCUUUCUGCUUCACUGGCUGCUGUUCGCGGUGUUGUGGUACCUGCUCGCCCGUGUCAAUGGAGACCUGGAUGUGCCCGACCAUGACUCCCCACCACCCGGUCAUGUGCUGUGUGUCAAACACGUGACAGGCUUCACCGCCGCCUUCUCUUUUGCCCUCGAGACGCAGUUGACCAUCGGGUACGGCACCAUGUACCCCAACGCUGACUGUCCGACCGCCAUAGCGCUGCUCGCCCUGCAGAUGCUGCUGGGACUCAUGCUGGAGGCCUUCAUCACUGGUGCAUUUGUGGCUAAGUUCUCCCGCCCUCAAAAGCACUGCGGUGGGAUCCUGUUCAGCCCUCAGACCGUAGUGUGUGAGGUCAGAGGUCAGCGUUGCUUGAUUUUCCGCGUCUGUAACCUGCUUCCAAGGCCGCUGGUGGACGUGUGUGUGAGCGCCGUUCUCUACGAAGAACGUGACGAUCAUGAACUCCACCAAACCGCGGUGGAAUUCAGCGUCGAUAACCUGGGGUCACGACCUUGCCCUCUUUUCCUGUCACCUCUGACCUUUUAUCACCCUCUAACUCCAUCCAGCCCUCUAAACAAUGCCCCAAACACCAAACACUUCGAGCUGGUGGUGUUCCUCACCGCUUCUCAGGAGAGCACAGGCUCCGGAUACCACAAGAGGACGUCCUACCUGCCAGACGAGAUCCAGUACGGCAGCUGCUUCGCCAAGGUGACGUCCUGGCACGGAAAAGGCCAGAGCAAAGCCAAAAGCAUGCGCUAUUUUGACAUGCAGCCCUGUCCACUCAUGCUCCCAAACACACACACUGGCGAUGCACUGGAGAAAGAGCACGUGGUGGUCCAGAUCAACGGGGAAGGCAGUGACCGUGUGGAGUAGCAGUGCUUUAUUUUUUUGCAAGGGUGUAUGAUUUCAUAAGAAUUCUCCACUCAUGAAACUGGCAUUUCAUUUCACAACCUCCAGUUUAUGACUUUUUUAUCCCAAAAGACAACCUCAGUUAGUUAUGGUCUGAUAUGUCACCCCAUCUCAUUAGAAACCCUGCUACAGACACACUUGCAUUUUCCAGAGCAACACAGAUGAGUGACGGCUGAUUGAGAUCUUGUUUUCAUAUGGCAAUAAGAGGAAUCUCCAAUGUUUUAUGAUUGUAACUGACCACCUUCACCCUGAAUCCACUGACACCACAAAACCAAGUUUGAGCCCUUAUUUAUUCGACGCCUGGACAUUGUCACUGCGUAACCUGUCUGUAUCUGAGUCAAGGGCUUGUUUUCAAAAUAUGAAUUAUUAAAGCACUGCACUCAGUGCUGGGUAGAUUACUAACAAAUUGUAGUCCAUUACUGAUUACAAAUUACAUGAUGGAAAUGAUAGUGUGCAACACAAACUAUUAGAUUACACAUAUUAGGUAAUGCAUUCUGACUACUUCUUGAUUACUUUUAGAUUACUUUUGACUUAAAAUAUAUUCCAUCCAUUUAGUGUAUUAAACAUUAAAUUAUACCAGGGAUUCAUGAACGAACUACAGGGGGUUUGUGAAUUGGUGAAAUGCUGGAAGACUUUCCAAAUGCAUGAAAGAAGUAGAAGAAGAA